UAGUUCCGCCACUAUUAGACGCGGCACCCGAGAGUUGUGACGCCAUAUGUCGUGAUCACCGACUACCCGCUGCCUGAAAAUGACCAGACUCACCAACACUGACUUUGAUACCCAUGUUUGUAGUACCAGCCAGCCAGCAUGGUCACGUCUACAGCCCCUCCAAGUUCGUGGUCGAUGUAUGGCUCGUGAUUAUGAAGUAUCUUUCCGUCUUGGACAUCAUAAGGCUUGGAAGUACAUGUCGAACAUUGCACGAAUUUGCCUCAUUACGACAUGUCUGGCGCGACGUCCUCUUUCAGCAUCGUUUUCUUGACCAGUGCUACCCCCAUCUGCGUUCAUGCACUGCGGAAGACAUUCGUCACCAGCUGAAAACCGCUGCCCGACUAGACCACAUAUGGACACAGCCUAGCAUUGUCCCUAAGCAUCUUUACACGUUCCCACUAGAUUUCCCGGGUGUAUUUCAAGGUCUCAAAUUUCUUCCGGGUGGGACAUGGCUAGUAUUGCUCUUCCACUGUCGAAAUCUCAACCCUGCUCGACAUUCCAACUUGUGCUUAAUGAAACCAAACGCGGGGCCGGGAGCUGUAUUUCCUGCUGCAUCUACGACCUUUCAGAGCGAGAUUUGCUGGCUCCCCUUCCUCGACCAAGACGGUCCAUAUAAAUCGUCUCGUGGUGAUGAUCUCAUGCUACUACGAACCAAGUGCAAUGACGGGUGCGAUAUAUCCUCAGGGGCCCAAUUCCCCAUACUCACCAACUCCGACUAGAUCCAACACCUUCGCAAUCAUG